GCGUCUUACAUCUGCGCAAGGAGCUUCACGCAUUGCUCCAGCGGGGACGUCCCUUGAUCCUUCGCGCUGUCCGUAGCAUUGGAAAUCCAAUCGUGAACAUGGGUGGUCGCCUCCGGCCAUCUUCCUCCAAAUGGCGCAACACAUCGAAUUUUUCUCGUGUUGUCGUGCUAUGCCCGGGUUAUUCGGCCGGCAGAGAGCUUCCCACCUGCUUCAUUCGUAAGUGCAUAGUUACGGUUUUGGUUGUUGCUCCCAUUGCAUGCUUGCAGGGGUUGAUGAGGUUGGAUGUCGAAAUAUUGACGAUCGUUCCUGGUGCGUGGGGGCAUCCCCGCAACAAAGUCUUUAUAUACGGCGAUCCCGACGGCACCUAUAUCAUUCUAGACCGCGGUAGCUUUUUUCAUAUAGUAAGACAUAAAACCUUCCCGACACGCCAGUUAGUAUCUACGCGUCCUUGCGGGUGAUCGUAUGAAGGGAAAGGCGAUUGCAUGUCUGGAGCCCAAAGCAAGAUGAGUAUGAUUAAAGGCCGGAUAGAAACAUUGGUUCGAUGCCUUUAUGUGGUCAAAAGUUGCUGUUAGUGA